UGCAGGGCAAAUUGCCAUAUAUAUAUACAGUCGGUGAUAUCCGUAUCCUGUUCCUCCCGUUGCCCUCCGAUCCGACCCGAUUCGCCCUUGGUCGGUAGAGAUGAGGAUCCGGGGCUUGGGAUCCGAUGAGGGCAUAGAGCGACCGCUCACAUGGAUUUCAAAAACGUCAAGGGCAGGAUAUUGGACCGUUACAUCAGAUGGGGCAUCAAUCAGCGCAGAUUGCCGGGAGACGACUAUGGAGUUGGUGCUUCGAUUGUAUCAACUCGACCGAGACCCGACCCUCGUCGGCCGGUCGAGUUGAACAUUGAUUCGUGUCACUGGUGAGUCGACCUUUGUGAUUGGGCAGCCACUCCGAAUUCACUCCUGUCUCAAUCGUCAGUGUCGUGCGGGCUCGGGGUUGAAGCCCGAAAGUCUAGGCACGUCCCAGUAUUUAUAUCUAGAGAGUCAUCUGAAGACAGUCGAAACCCCAAUCUCGCAAGCUUGGGAACGUGAUGGAAUAAACAUAAUCUCCCAAGCCAUACAUAGUACGGGUCUUCGUCUGUCUCGGUGUGGUAAUUUCAUAC